AUGGAUGAACUCUUUGAUGUUUUCGAAGACCAGCCUCAAGCGGCAGCCAAGGUCACCGAUGUCGCACCCAAGCGGCCCAAGAAGGACAAGAGCAAGAAGCGUCAGGUAAAUGGCGAUGUGAAGGAAAAUGGCGCAGCGACAGAGCCCAAGGAGGAUAUUGAGAUUCCCGAUGCGCCAACUGGAGAACUCGCGGAUGGGGAACAGGCUGAAGCGCCUGCGACCGAGAACAACGAGCAACAGCCUGAUGCGAAACGUCCACGACUGGAGAAGGAACCGCAACCUGUAUUAGCAGACGAAUUCGAGACGGCGCAGGAGCGUGAGGUUGCAGCAUCUGCAGGUCUACAAGCCGCAAAGGAAACAACUUCGGUCAAGUUGUCGCACCAGGUUCGGCAUCAAGUCGCCAUUCCGCCCAACUAUCCAUAUGUACCAAUCUCGCAACACAAGCCGCCUGAGAACCCUGCGAGGGUAUGGCCGUUCACGCUCGAUCCGUUCCAGCAAGUUGCCGUUGCAUCCAUACAGAGAGAGGAAAGUGUUCUAGUCUCGGCUCAUACCAGUGCCGGUAAGACGGUAGUUGCGGAGUACGCCAUCGCGCAAAGUCUGAAGAACAACCAAAGAGUCAUCUACACAAGUCCUAUAAAGGCUUUAAGUAACCAAAAAUACCGAGAGUUUGCGGCAGAAUUUGGGGAUGUUGGUUUAAUGACAGGAGAUGUCACUAUCAACCCAACAGCGACCUGUCUGGUCAUGACAACAGAGAUUCUCAGGUCCAUGUUGUACCGCGGUUCAGAGAUUAUGCGCGAAGUUGCAUGGGUCAUUUUUGACGAGAUUCAUUACAUGCGUGAUGCCAUUCGAGGCGUGGUUUGGGAAGAGACUAUCAUCUUGCUACCGGACAAGGUCAGAUAUGUAUUCUUGUCGGCGACAAUUCCCAAUGCUAUGCAGUUCGCCGAAUGGAUCGUCAAGAUGCACAACCAACCCUGCCACGUCGUAUAUACUGAUUUCAGACCUACUCCUCUACAACACUACUUCUUCCCCGCGGGUGGCGAGGGGAUCUUCCUCGUCGUUGACGAAAAAGGAGCGUUCCGCGAAGAGAACUUCCAAAAGGCAAUGGGCAGUAUCGCAGACAAGAAGGGAGAUGACCCGUCCGAUGCUAUGGCCAAGAGGAAGGGAAAGGGUAAAGACAAGAGGUUGAAUAAGGGCGGAAAUGAAGGCCCGAGCGACAUUUACAAGAUCGUGAAAAUGAUCAUGCUGAAGAACCUCAAUCCCGUCAUUGUCUUCAGUUUCAGCAAACGUGAAUGCGAGGCAUGCGCUCUCAAGAUGAGUACUUUGGCUUUCAAUGAUGAUUCGGAGAAGGAAAUGGUAUCCAAGGUUUUCAACAGCGCUAUCGAGAUGCUUUCCGAAGAAGACAGGAAUCUGCCUCAAAUUCAAAACAUUCUUCCUCUGCUCCGGAGAGGUAUCGGUGUCCACCAUUCUGGGUUGCUUCCUAUUCUCAAAGAGACCAUUGAGAUUCUCUUCCAAGAAGGACUUAUCAAGGUGCUCUUCGCGACAGAAACAUUCUCAAUCGGUCUGAACAUGCCUGCGAAGACUGUAGUUUUCACGAGCGUCCGGAAAUUUGACGGUUUUAGCCAACGCUGGGUAACGCCGUCCGAAUUCGUCCAGAUGUCUGGCCGAGCUGGUCGAAGAGGUCUUGAUGACCGCGGUAUCGUGAUCAUGAUGGUUGGUGAAGAGAUGGAUCCUGCGGUGGCGAAGGAGAUUGUGCGUGGAGAGCAGGAUAGGCUCAACUCGGCUUUCCAUUUGGGUUACAAUAUGAUACUGAACCUGAUGCGUGUGGAAGGCAUCUCGCCCGAGUUCAUGCUCGAGAGAUGCUUCUACCAAUUCCAAAACACGGCUGGUGUUGCCGACCUUGAGAAACAACUCCAGGAAUUUGAAGAAAAGAGGGCCAACAUGACCAUUCCUGACGAAGGCACCAUUCGCGAAUACUACGAACUAAGGACGCAGCUCGACAAGUAUGCAGAUGACAUACAGGCAGUCAUCAGCCACCCAGAUUAUUCUUUGCCAUUUAUGUUACCAGGUCGUUUAGUGCACAUCAAGCACAAAGACAAAGACUUCGGAUGGGGUGUGGUUGUCAAUUACAAGCAACGGAAGCCACCAAAGAAUUCAACGGAGGAGAUUCCUCGUGACAAGAGGUAUGUCGUCGAUGUUUUGCUCAAUAUUGCCGAAGGGCCGUCUGUGGCCACAAAAACGUUUGAGGAGUUACCGUCGGGAGUCAGGCCAGUGAAAGAAGGGGAAAACUCUCGGAUGGAGGUCGUUCCAGUCCUUACCGAAUGCAUCCGUGCCAUCUCGCAUAUACGCAUGAAACUUCCCAAAGACCUGAACCCAAAAGAGGCGAAAAACGGCGUUAAGAAAUCUCUUGCUGAGAUCCAUAAGCGGUUCCCUGAUGGCAUUGCUACACUUGACCCGAUUGAGGAUAUGAAUAUCAAGGACGAAAGUUUCAAGAAACUACUCAGGAAAGUGGAGGUCCUCGAGUCUCGUUUGCUUUCCAACCCACUGCACAACUCACCCCGCCUACCAGAACUUUAUGAGCAAUAUUCCGAGAAGGUAGAGUUGGGGACGAAGAUAAAGGAGACGAAGAAGAAGAUUUCCGAGGCUAUGUCCAUCAUGCAGCUUGAUGAGCUCAAGUGCCGUAAGCGGGUACUUCGUCGGUUCGGUUUCAUCAACGAGGCCGAAGUCGUGCAGUUGAAGGCACGAGUCGCCUGCGAGAUCAGCACGGGAGAUGAGCUCAUGCUCAGCGAGCUUCUUUUCAACGGUUUCUUCAACAAACUUACUCCGGAACAGAUCGCUGCUGUAUUGAGUGUAUUCGUUUUCGAGGAGAAGUCCAAAGAAACUCCUGCUCUCACGCGGGACGAGCUGGCGAAGCCCCUAAAGGAAAUCCAAGCGCAGGCCCGGAUAGUUGCCAAGGUCUCUCAAGAAUCCAAGCUGGCUGUGAACGAGGAGGAAUAUGUAAACAGUUUCCACUGGGAGCUUAUGGAGGUCAUCUACGAAUGGGCGAACGGCAAGUCCUUUGCUGAUAUCUGUGGAAUGACCGAUGUUUAUGAAGGAUCCUUGAUCCGGGUCUUCCGUCGAUUGGAGGAGUGUCUCCGUCAGAUGGCACAAGCCUCCAAGGUUAUGGGUAAUGAGGAACUCGAGAGCAAAUUUGAGGAAGCUCUGACUAAGGUGCGCAGGGACAUUGUGGCCGCACAGUCCCUGUACUUGUAA